UGAAAACGCUGAAUAUAAUUAGUGUACCACUGUUAAUAAAUACAGUUUCAAUACAGUAUCAAUAAUGGGUAAGUAUGGAAAUAGCUUAAACGGAUAAUGAUGUUGUAAAUAUACGGAACAGGAGUUUCAAGACUUUGGAAAUUCGUUGGACCUGCUGCACCUGCCAACUGAUAAGGGAGAGGCUGGCAGACAGACUGAAGAGAUGGCUCGCGCUCCUCGACGUCGCUGUGUGAUGUAUGUUGUCGUCUGCGGCGUCCUGCUUUGGGCGAUAACACGAACUGCGAUCUAUGAAAGUAACGGAAGCCAAACCAGCUCCAGACGUCAACGUACCGCUGUACCCGUCGGAGAAAGAAAGUCAGGAAAUAUGCCAGCAAGUCCACGCCCAGCUGACAUGGCGGCAGGUCAAACGGGUAAUAGUGUGAGUGAUGAAAUGGCAGCUCGGAAGCAUAAAGUAAAUCAAGAAUGCAGAGGUAACUUAACUUCAAAAUACGAGAGCAUUUACAGAGAUGAACUUUACAAACGACUGCUCGUUAACAAUAAGAAGAGGAUAAUAUUCGGCGCUCUUCCAAAAGUUGCAAACACAAAUUUCAGGCGGAUUUUUCUUGGUAUCGCUGGUAUUGUGCCGAAAGAAAAGGUUUUUAACAUUUCAGGGUAUGAAGUCUAUAACAUACAUGCCAGCAAACUCAACUUCCUUGAUCAAGCACCCAAAAAGGAUCGCAGAAGAUUGCUAGACAAAUACAAGAAGUUCACAUUUGUUCGCGACCCAUUGUCGAGACUUUUAUCGGGUUACAGAAAUAAGUUUUUUCACCCAAAUUCGGUUAAUCGUGAAGAGUUUUAUAACUUUGUCAAAACGUAUUACAAAUUGCACCAUGAACGCAAAACGAUGCGUAAAAUGAGAACCAAUUUCAUUAAAGGACCCAUUACAUUUAAAGAGUUCGUGACCUACAUCUUAGAUUGCUUUGAAACCAAUGACUAUGUUAAUGAACACUUUGUGCCAGCUUACUUAUUAAUACAGCCAUGUAGAGUCAAAUACGACUAUAUAGGAAAAUUUGAGACGAUACAUACAGACACACAACACAUAUUUACAGAACUUAAUAUUGACAUUUCAUUCCCUGGUCGUCAAGACAACUAUUCUUCUGUUGCCACGGAUACGUUAGUGUGGUCCUACUAUGAACGACUUCCGGUGGCCAUGUUGAAAGGAUUGCUCGAUGUUUUCAUGCCAGACUUCAUUCUGUUUGGAUAUAAAGUACCAGACUGGAUUCACGACCGAAUACGAAAUGUCACCAUUCACUAGCAAAUUUAGAUGUGCGUGUACCUGGCGGGUCUCGACAAAAUAUGUAGAUUCCCUAAUUAAGAGUACUAUUUACAAACAAUAUCUCAAGGAAAAUACCCUAAUCCAACGUUUUAAAAAAAGCAGUUUUUCUGUGUUCAUGUGAGAAGUGUGUGUGGGGAGGGGGCGGUGGGUGGUGGUCGCGUGUCGAGGUUAAGUCCCAUACAAACCUUAAAUCUGUAGUCACCCCUGCUAAUGGUUAUACAAUUUGUACAUAGUUGACGGAACAAAUAUAUAUCAAGGUAUAACAAACAAAACAGACUCAGGCCAAUGUUACUUAUUUCAAUAUAUAAACAAAACUUAUUCUUAUACAUAAUGUAAUAAGAUUAAAACGUACAUUCAGAAUUUCAGAACAUGCAUGUCAUAUAGUUUUUAUCUUAGAAUGCUAUUCACAAUGAUUUUUAUCACAGAUAAGUUGGACGGUACUGCAAUAUCCACAACCUAUAAACACACAUAGAAAUGAUUCAAUGGAAUGUAAAACAAAUGUCUAUUUUAGAAUAGAUGCAUUCAGUAUAUAUUGGUGGUCAGUUCACUAAAAUAACUUUGUACCGUUUUUGAGAGUGUUUUCACUGUUUUUUUCUAACCAUCAACACCCAUAAUAGGGAGGUAACAACUAGAAUGGUCGUAACCAUUCUAUAACUACCAUGCGUAUAAAUUACAAUGCUUGUUACUUAUACAGUUUGCUGUUUAUUGAACGUUGUCAUUGAAAAGAAGUUUACAUCACAAUAAAGCUAA